AAAAAUGCCUUUGCUCUAAGGUUAAGAAUGCCUGGAUACAAGACACCGUUUUCUGAGCGGCAUUCUACGAGCAGAACGUGACAAAAACGGUGCUUUUGUGCCAACUUUUUACAGCUUCUUUUGGGGGCAUAAGUAGCUAGUUUUGUUAAUCAUGGCAAGCAGCAGGGAUUUCUUUGUCGGUGGGAACUGGAAGAUGAACGGGAGCAAGGACAGCAUCAAUGAAAUAUUGCAUUUCUUGAAAGAAGCUGAGGUCCCUGAAAAUACAGAUGUUGUUGUUGCACCUCCUGCUGUGUACCUCAGUUAUGUCCAGGAACGCCUGCCGGCCAAAAUUUCUACAGCAGCACAGAACUGCUACAAGGUGGACAAGGGUGCGUUCACUGGGGAGAUCAGUCCUGCCAUGCUGCUGGACCUGGGCCUGAGCUGGGUUAUCUUGGGUCACUCAGAGAGGCGGCAUGUCUUUGGAGAAUCUGACCAACUCAUUGGAGAAAAGGUUCAGCAUGCACUGAGUAAAGGGUUAAAGGUCAUCGCUUGCAUUGGCGAAACCCUGGACCAGAGGCAAAAGGGACAAACUCAGGAUGUUGUAUAUCACCAGACGAAGGCCAUUGCUGAUAACGUAGCUGAUUGGGAUCAAGUCGUGAUUGCCUAUGAACCGGUGUGGGCCAUCGGAACAGGUGUUACCGCCACUCCAGCUCAGGCACAAGAGGUCCAUGAACAGCUUCGGGGCUGGCUUGCUGAAAAUGUCUCUGCAGCAGUGGCUAAAAAGACCAGGAUCAUCUACGGAGGCUCUGUCAAUGCGGGCAACUGCCAGGAACUGGCUGCCAAGACAGACGUGGAUGGAUUUCUGGUGGGCGGGGCCUCAUUGAAACCUGAUUUUGUCAAGAUCAUCAAUGCCAAGAAUUGAAUUAGAAUGAAAGUUUCGCUCACCCUUCGCUGGACAUGAGUAAGACAAAUACUGUGAUAUUUGUGGUGAUAGAAUCCCCAGAGUUUUAUAAGGAGUGAAAUCAACCAGAGGUCAAACCUUAGUGAGGUAGAAACCAAUUUGGAAUUCUUGAAUGGUACGCAAGAAAGUUGGAGAGUAGGUCUAUGUAUAACCAUGGUAUUUAUGAUGGACUUGACAUUAAAUGGAAAUGCUGCCUAGAUGAAAGUUGUACUUUUGACAACAUAAAGACAGCUGCUUUUUCAAAUUGCAUGUAGUGAAAAUGAAAUGCAGCUAUUUGGAGUGGAAUUUGUAACAGUUGGCUUAGGUUUGUGAAUACUUGGAAAAUAAUCAGGCAAUUGGUAAAUCGUUUCCACUGCCAACCUUUUUUGCCAAUGUUUGAUGCAGACAUUUUAAACCAUUUUGUGGACUGAGGUUAGCAGUUGGACAUGAAAUAUUCAUGCUGUUGAGUUACAGAUGACAGUGAAAUGUAUGAAUUAGUCAAAGGGUACGAAUCUGGCGUUAAAACAAAUGGUCAUGUUUUGCAUUUAUGUAAGCUGAGGCUGUGUUGUUUUCUUUUUCUCACUUGUGAAAACUUGGUGAAAUAUUUUGUGUACGAGCGAUAAAUCUCUGGACUUAAACGAGUGGAGACAACGAGGGUCUGGAAGUGGAAAAGUUGCCCAGUUCAUAUUUUCCUCGGCUGUACUUCAAAAGACCGCAGAGCAAGCUUUGUGCAUGUACACUAUAAAAUGACCAUUUGAUACAAAGCCCAAGAUGCAAAAUUGGCUUGCAACAUUCAUUUUGACAUUUCUGACAAAAAUCAGAAAUACAGGUUUAUGUACUCAAAAGGAAUAGUAAAAAACUACCAGUUUAGGCUUAACCGUGAUUUCAUUUCAGUUUAAAUUUUUAAUUUCCUUUUCUUUGUAAAAAUGAAAAUGUGACAUUUUGUAGUUCAAAAAUGCUAUUAGCAACUAAUUCAUGUAGUUGGAUUGAGAGUUCAUGCCCUCUUAUAGCAUGUUCAGAACUCCUUCCUUGAUGUCUGGAAAUAAGAGUAGCUAUUGAAAAGUUAAAGAGUAAAACUUUGGACUUGCGAGACUGUUAUCAUAGACAUUUAAUCUUUUAAGGGUCUUUUUAACAGGAGCGGAAAUAUUUCUCAGUACCAACGAUGUCUCAAAACACUGUACAGGUGGCAAGUACGGUAUCCCGUCUACUCUGGGUAAAGUGUACUGAAAACUGAAAACAGUUCCAAAAAAUCAAACAUGCAAUAAACACCGACAGAGCCUGUUGUUCAAUUAUUCUGAGUUCAUGUAUUCAGUAAACCAACAGGAAGCAGAAAGAAUUUUAAAAUAUAACAGUAAAGAUACAUUGAUUUCAUAAAGUUUUCAGUUUCACACCAGACCAGCAAAAAGUACAAAAAUAUUCCUCAUACAAAUUUCCAAUUCCAGACUAGAUAUUUCCUGCCACAAAAUCUUUUUGCAAAAAUUGACUGCACAUUGGUUUUCGGCCAUACAAAAUACCGUAGCCUCAGAACACAGGAUAAUGGAAGUUGAAAAAACAACCCAAAUAAGUAAAAAUCAAAAUGUUUCUCAAUGAAACUUACGCCAAAUGCCCUUCUAUCUGAAUAAUCAUCUUAGCCGUGAGGUAUUAACCAACUGAUUUUAUAGAUUAAUGCCCCCUUACUCAAUUUGACAUCCAAGGAAAUGAAGCACAUGUACAUGGAAGUGCAUUAUCAGCUUCCGAAGAUAAAAAAAUACAAUUUACGGAACAAGAUAACUUAAAUACUUCAAUCAGGUUAAUGCUGAAGGGCAGUACUACAUUUGCUCAGUUUCUUUGCACUGAUUUUUGUUUACAGUUGAAACUGCUUAAAAAGUUACAUGUAUACUUAAAAAAAGAUAUCAAUGGAAUAGUGAGAACACAUACGUGUACAUGUAUGAAUGAUUUAAGGCAACAUGCUAAUUUUUUAAAAAAUAAGACCUGUACACAAAUUUUGUGUUUCUGCCAUGCUUACUGGCAGACUUUACUGUUUUGUCAGUGUGACAUCGUAAUAGUCAACGAUGGAUUGAUUCACAAUAUGGUCAGUUACUAAAGUUUAGUUCAUUGAAGUAGUCGUUAUUUGUACAUUUUACGCUCGGCAAGGAUGCUCCCUCUGCAGUUUUGUUUUUCACAUUCUAUCAGUUGGAAUUUGAAAAAAAAAAAAAAUUCAGUUGGCAUUUGAGGUCUUUAGUUCAUAUGUGCUGUUACAAUCAACAAAAUUUACUCAUAAAUGUAUACAAGAUGCCAACUACACAGCUGAAAAGUGGUCUAUUUUUUACACCAAAUGCUUAGUAACGUGGUAUUGUGGCUUGCUUAAAAAAAAAUUGAAAAAAAACCCAUAAAAUACAAAUAUGAGACUUCCUAGUUCCAUUUGCUG